GUGGUGCAGCUGCAUGGCAUGUUACAAGUUGUUUGUGUGGCACCUGCACAUACAGAGACAUAUCCUCAGAAAGUUGGUAGUGAUGGGCACCUUGAUUGUGUGAACUAUUGCCUAUCGCACCAGGUACGGUGCUUCAGAUUAUACAAUAAAGUUGCCCCCCCACCGGAACAUCAGCUUCAACAGCGCUGUUGGAGACCAGAGUGCUGCAUCAUGUGAGACCAUCCCUACAUAGCAACAUUGUGAUAAACACUAGUCACGCAUAGCUAAGUUUUGCUGCUUUUCUCAUGAUUC